UCACUUCCCUACCAGCGUCAAAGCAAACACGCUCCAGAAGGUGUAUAUGACACUAUACGAGAAACGGCGCAAUGUUUUGGAUGAAAACGUACAUUUAGAUUUGGAUGAUAGCUGCCAUUUCGGGUUAUUCGACCAUACACGAACGUUUCAAGAAGUCCAAACGAACUGCGCAUACAAUUCUAAAAUCUACAGUCAUCACUUUGAAGAAGAUAUAUGCAUAGACAGUGAGAAAAGACGUGCUGUGACUUCAGCUUGACCAUUGAGCGUUCCAGUUUCAUCUGUGGAAGACGUUUUGCUCUAGAGUGUUGAACACACUACGUGAUAUGGAGAGACAACACUGUUGAAAAAAAUACCGGCAUUUUAUUUUUCCUGACCUAGACACAAAUCAUGGAAAGUUGACGUCGAGGACCUUGAGUGACACCCUUGCCAGGGAAGAAAACCCUCUCUUUACAGAGUCAAGGACACUAAGACUCCAUAUCAGACUCUUCCUUCAUCUGCAAAUUAGCUGACCUAAGAGCUGUCAUGGCGGCGUACGGACAGACCCAGUACAGCCCUGCCCUCCAGCCUGCGGGACCCUACACACCGUAUACAUACCACACCCAGGGCUACAGCAUGCCCUCAUACAACAUUAAGACAGAAGAUGGCCUCAGCCACUCUCCAGGACAGAACAGUCUGCUGAGCUACUCCAACUUCAGCAACACUCCCCCCAGCCAGGGCCUCUACAGCUACUCCCCACACGGUAGCAGUAUUUCUUCUGGGAUUUUCCAGGGAGCCAACCCCAUCACAGGCUCAACUCCAUUCAACCCCACACAACAGGACUUCUCAGCGUACUCUAGCUACAGCCAAAGCCAGUACUCGCCAUACUACAACACACACUACAACAGCCCGUACCUCGCAAGCAGCAACAUCAGCCCUAGCGCCAUCACCACGCCCAUACCCUAUCAGCAUCCAGAACACCCUGCCGUGGUGCCCAAUCACAGCCCCGAGUCCCACCCAGGAGAGUACCAUCCGCCCCCUAGCCCCCCCACCCCAGGGAAAGAGCCAGAGGGGGUGCCAGCCAGACGGAGCUCAGACGGGAAACUGAGGGGCAGGAAAAGAGUCAGUGACCCACAGCCCCCCCUGGACUCAGAUAUAGAGCGUGUGUUUGUGUGGGACCUUGAUGAGACCAUCAUAAUUUUCCACUCUUUGCUCACAGGGAGCUUCUCCACACGAUUUGGCAAGGACUCAUCCAAGGCAGUGUCGCUGGGGCUGUGGAUGGAGGAGAUGAUCUUCAACUUGGCCGACUCACGGCUAUUUUUCAAUGACCUGGAGGAAUGUGACCAAGUUCAUAUUGAUGACGUGGCGUCAGACGACAAUGGGCAGGACUUGAGCAUGUAUAACUUUGGCACAGACGGGUUCCAGAGCCCUGCGGGUGCCGGUACUCUGUGCCUGGGCUCAGGUGUCCAUGGUGGGGUGGACUGGAUGAGGAAACUAGCCUUCCGCUACCGGCGAGUAAAGGAGAUCUACAACACCUACAAGAACAACGUGGGAGGUUUGGUGGGCAGUCCCAAGCGGGAGGAAUGGCUGCAGCUGCGGAGGGAGAUGGAGGUCCUGACAGAUCUGUGGCUGACCCAGGCUGUCAAGGCCCUGGCCCUCAUUAACUCCAGACCAAACUGUGUGAAUGUGCUGGUGACCACCACCCAGCUGAUCCCAGCCCUGUCCAAGGUCCUGCUCUACGGUCUGGGCUCAGCGUUCCCCAUAGAGAACAUCUACAGUGCCACCAAGACAGGGAAAGAGAGCUGCUUUGAGCGUGUGGCCCAGAGGUUCGGCCGGCGAGCGGUGUACGUGGUCAUAGGGGACGGAGUGGAGGAAGAGUCUGUAGCCAAGAAGAAGAACAUGCCUUUCUGGAGAGUGUCGUGUCGGCCUGACCUGGAGGCUCUAAGUCAUGCACUGGAGCUGGACUACCUCUAGUGGGCGCUAUAACAAUACCAUCAUGCCUUUAGCCAGUUCCUGCCUGGUGAUGCCGCUUCCUGUCCAACGGGCCAAUUGGGUUGAGGGCGGCGACGAUUCACCACCAUACAAAAGCAAAGAAUGACAGACCAAUCUUUAUCAGCAGGGAAUCGCAGUUGUUACUGGAAAUAUUACAUGUGCUUUCACCCGUUCACACAGGGACUUUUACAUGUGAAAGGUAUCCCACUUUGGAACUUUAGAGCGUUGCACUGAAAAUAAUGACCAAGGUCAGGGAUGGGCAACUGGUGGCCUCAGCAUCAGCAGUUUUUCUCUUGUUAUGUCAAUUAGCCCAAAUCAGCUAAAAUGUUUUAGAUUGGUAAAUUCGUCUAGCGGUCAGCUAUCUAAACCUGCAAUCAUGGUUGAAUUACCGGCCGGGAGCCACCAUUGAUUUUGUUACACCAUUGAUUUUGUUAGUCUUACUCAGAUAUCAUAUUAAAUACUCCAAACAUUUCUCUCCAGCCUAUGGCAAAAUGUGUAGAAUUACAAAAAUGUUGCUGUAAAACAGCAAAUGUUCUUCUUCGCCCAUGGCAAAAUGAGUACAAUUGCAGGAAAUGCGUUACAAAAUUGCUAAACUUUCUUUCCGCCCUAUGGCAAAAUGUGUAGAAUUAUAGCAAACUUUCGUUAAAGCUCCACAUUUUCUCUACGCCCCAUGGCAAAAUGUGUAGAAUUGCACGAAAUUAACUAUAAAACAAUGUCUCUCCGCUGUCAAGAGGAGGGCUGCUAAAAUGCUUUGCACUCAAUGGUUGGUGUGACCCGCAAGCAACUACCAUCCCUCAUAAUGAGUUCAGUUUUUUGUGGCCCCCAGACCCAUCAAAGUUGCCCAUCCCUGACCUAGGGAAUCUACAGUUGAAGUCGGAAGUUUACAUACACCUUAGCCAAAUACAUUUAACUCAGUUUUUCACAAUUCCUGACAAUUAAUCCUCGUAAAAAGUCACCGUCUUAGGUCAGUUAGGAUCACCACUUUAUUUUAAGAAUGUGAAA